GUUCAUCAGGUUUUGGUUCACGUGUGGCUCUCUAGCAAGGAUCAGGUUCAACUUGUUUCUUGUGGUGAGGAAUCGGCUGAUCCUCAGAGCGGCAAGUGAUCCGUAUCAGUUUGGGAGACUUUUGAGUGUGGACCUGCUGACCUUCAAGUGAAGCUGUGACAGAAACCAGGAGCAGAAGAAAGAGUCAACCUUUUUUCCUCGCCCUUCGUCUUCCUCCACCUUCCUCUCUGCGCUGCAUCGUCUCCACAGCUUCAGCAGGAUGAAGCUGAAGGAGGACCUGAGCCCCGUGCUGCUGCUGGUCUUCCACCUCGCGGUCUGGAUCUACUCCUUCCUCUCCUUCCUGCCCUCAGUCUUCCUCGGCUGGAUGUCCACGCUCGAUGAUGAUGAUGGUGUUCGCUACGGCUCAGAGGAAGACAGAGCCAAGAGGAUGAAGGCCUGCUCGGAGCCGGGACGUCCCGAGGGCCCCUAUCGAGCCGUGAGGGCCACAAAGAGACUGGAGGCCACGCUGCGCCCGGGUGUUCAAACCCUGGAUAAGAUGUUCGAGUUAGCAGCCCGGAGGUUUCCACACAGACACUGCCUAGGGACCAGAGAGGUGAUCAGUGAGGCGGACGAGAGGCAGGGCAACGGGAAGCUGUUCAAGAAGGUGAUUCUGGGAGAGUACCGCUGGCUCUCCUAUCAGGAUGUUUUCUCGGCGGCGUCUCAGCUCGGCAGCGGAUUGGCGUCUCUGGGUCAGCGCCAGAAAAACAACAUAGCCAUCUUCUGUGAGACCCGGGCCGAGUGGAUCGUCGCGGCCCAGGCCUGCUUCAUGCACAACUUCCCCGGUGAGUGUCUGUGAGCACAGAAAACACUC